AAAUAACUCUCGUCCCCUUGUUUUGUCAAUUUCUGUCUCUGUCUCUCCGCUCUCUGAACCGCUGACAUCCUAUGAUUACACCGCACAGACCUUUGUUGCGCCUAACAGGAGCCCCACUUCGGAGUUUUACCUCUUCGAGGCCGGGAAGUCGUCAAGCUUCCCCUCCAUCGCAGUGCAGCAACCCAAAUAAACAGCUACCUCGACGUCCAGAAAAAAGGGUCGAGCUUACUGCGACGGUGGUAGAAGACAGGCCAGACUCUCCCUGCGCCUUAUUUCGUUGAAGAAUUCCGUUCAAUUGACCUGAAAUGCGAUCAAACUCCACUGCCCAAAUUCCACUUUAGCCCUCCCUUACAUCGCUCCGAGCUACGAUCCAUUC